CCCACCAUCACAGUGUAUCGGUCAGUGUGUUUAUCAGCACUGCUGCAGUUUGAUCGCACAUUUAAAGAAGAAUCAUUCAGUCAGGAUGGCAGUUUGGGACAAACUUUGGGGUCUCCUGUUCCUGCUCGCAGGUGCUGUGGGUCAAACUGUGAUCUAUCCUUUCACGUCUACCUGUGCUGUCAGAGGAUCCACUGUCACCCUCCCCUGCACCUUCACACCUCUGAAGUCUUUCAGUGAUGGUCAGAGAGAAGUUCCACUAAAGAUAGUCAGAGUUCUCUGGUGUCAGAACAAUGUGUUCUGUCUGAGACCUGCGCCAUCUGUGUGGGACACUGACUCAAAAACCAGUGACCCUCGUUAUCAAUAUCUGGGAGACAUGAUGACAAACUGCACUUUACAGAUCAGAGAUGUUCAGCAGAGAGACAACGCAACCUUUCGCUUCAGGAUGGAAGCUGAUAAUCCUAAAGGACAUUUUACUAAUAUGAUAGGAGUGACUGUCAGAGUUGACGAUGGGUCUAAAAUGAGAAUAAUCAGCUCCGGUGAUGAUAAAAAGUUGAGCAGAGGUGAAACCGUUACACUGCUCUGUGCUUCAGUCUGCACUUUCCACCAACUGGAAGUCACCUGGUUCAAAGAUGGCCACGCCCUCUCAGAGACUGGCCCCUCCCUCCUUCUCUGCUCUCUGAAUGCAGAGGAUUCUGGGAGCUACACCUGUGCUCUGAAGACCAACAUGGAGACUGUCUCUGAGCCGUACAGCCUGCAGGUGGAGGCAGGAAACCUGGACAAGCUCACAGUCGUCCGUCUGGUUCUGUUCAGCGCUCACAUGCUGCUCAUCGUCACUGUGGCAUCAAUAAUAAUCAAAAGGACGUGUUGUUUGCAGGUCAGGAGCAGGUUAGCAGAAGAAACUCGAGAGACAGGUGAGUCACAUUAUUACAUAACUUCUUCCAAGCUUAUGAAAUAUUGAGCCACUUAAAGCAGACCUUUACAGCUGUUCAUAAAGGUCACACACUGUUUGCUGACUUCAUGAAAUAAACUCCAGAGCUGCAGUGUUUCUCCCUGCAGGCUGGAGUUGUGUCUCCCCCUUCUGGCAGUGAGAGUAAUUACACAAACUGUCAGUGCUGAGGAUGAGAAAAAGUCACAGCAACGGUCACAGAUGGCUUUCUCUGUCAGACUGUAAUCCUUCCUCUGAGCACUGAGUCUCUUUUUUAUCUGAAUCAUCACAAACUUUUCUCUGCUUGCAUCACUCGUCAUGAUUUGGAGUUUGAGCCUGUUUAUCAGCACCGACCUGUCUGCUGCUGUCUUCUUCUCUUCCUCGUUAUCUCAUCGCUGCUGUUUGAACUCUGCUUCCUGUUGUAGCCUCCAGACGUCACUGAGGAGCCGAGGACCAACGAAGAAGAACGAGGCCAGGCUGUGUGAAUUCAACAGUAUUAUAUUUAACAGGCUUAUUUGUCUCAUGUAAAACAGUUAAAGUGCUCUUCUGCUUAAAGCUGUCAAUAAAAAUCAGUCAGUAAGGCUCAACAGAAAGACUGUGAGCAGUUCACUGGUUUAAAAUAAAUCCACCUGUUUAUGACCAGAAUACCAUCAGGAAGUCAAAACAUGAUGCACUGGAAGGUUUAAGAUAAAACGUGUGUUGUUAAAACCUGAUUGUGUGUAUGCUGCUGUUAUUGUGUGAUCGUGUGUGGAUUGAUACUAAAGUACUCAUCCGUCCAAUAGCAGAUAUUUGUGUUUUAUAAUUGAUUCUCCAAUUAAAAUAUUGAUAUUUUA